AUGCUCAACAAGUCCCCAGCCCAUGCUAAGGAGCACGCCGUCGACAAGGAGCUCGAGUUCCCCGACUACGUCAUCAACCCUGACUUUGUCAACACCACCGACGUCGAGCGAUUCUCCGUCUCGUCGUCCGGUCCAUCUUCCUUCCCGACCCCCGGUUGGGUCUCCUGCCACACGACGUGGGCCUCGCCUACCUUCACGGAAGUCAACUACCUAAUCGCCAAGAUCGCCACGCACACGGGCUGGAACGACUGCACGCAGAAGAACAUGGGCGGCUCCAAGUGCACCAAGCUUGACAAGUACUACGGCGGCGCCAUUUCGUUCUGCGGAAAGCACGAUAUCACCCGCACCUGCAGCAUGAUCUCCACCGCUGCGCAGAAGCGUAGGCGACGGUCGCAACCCAUGCAGCCCACCAGCAUGGGUCUGCCGCAUCAUACUCUCAGCAAAAGGAAAAACAUCAAAAGUCCAGAGACUUUCGCGCUAAAACCGUUGAGAAAACUUGUGGACCAGAAAGGCCGACCAUGA